AUGAUAAGGCUUCGCAAUCGAAAUAGCUGUUUUGCCUUUAGGAAAUUAUACGGUAGUUCUUACACUUUCAUAAGAACAGCAAUAAUACCUACUAGAGGUACCGCUAAUAGACGAAAACGAAAAAUCAAGAAUGUUUCGUUGUAUGAUUUGAGCUUAGAGGGCAUUCCUGAAUCAGACUCGAAAGCAUUGCAAUUCAAGCUCAAACAACUGCAGGAACUUACAAGAAAUUUGAGAGAGCAGAUUAAGAAGAGUGAUAGUCGCACUAAGAAUGGCGCUGCCAACGUACCCAAUGGUGCAGGUAAGGGAGUUGAUGGCGAGGAUUCAAAGGCAAUUUUCAACCAGUUGAUAUCUUCUCGUACAGCGCCUUCAUUGCCGAGUCAAAAUGGCAAUCUGUCAAGCAUAAUCAUGGCCACUGAGCCACGUACAUCGAAGAAAUUAAUUCCACGAGCUUUAAGGGAAAGAAUCAAUGAUGACCGUUUUGUGAUGGCUUGUCUAAUCGAUAGAUCGCACCGAGACUGGAACGGAAUCGUUAAUAAGUUGCACAGUUCCGAGCUGAAGCUGAAAGAUAUCCCGAUGACAGAGCUGAAAACAUGGUUACUGCCGAGAGCAAAUCGGCUUACAUAUGAAAACAUCGAGAAACUAGAUCAAAUGCUUCUUGAGAGGGUGGACGCAGACAUAACCAAGUAUAGGAUUCCCAUGUAUGAAUGCCUUUUUCAUAACCUGGCCGGCCUGAGGCCAGCGCAAUAUGGCGAUCUCGUUACGGAGAAGAUGAGAAGGCUCUUAGAAAGAUAUGACGCUUCAAGGGAAAUGGCUUCGAAUGUUCCUGAAAAAUAUCAGAUGUCCCAAUUCAUUCUGAACGCAUGCAUAAGUUACUCAAGCAAGUUAUUGAGCUUCGAAGAUAUGAACUUCUUUCUAGCCAAGUUCAAAAACGACUAUGGUAUAACCCCAAACAAGGAGAAUUAUACUGCGAUCAUCCAAUUUUACACUAAGAAGGGCCUGAAGAAACAAGCAUGGGAUGCCUUUGAUACAAUGAAAUUUUUAUCCAAAGCUCAUGAACCGGACGUUGUCACAUACAAUUCUGUGCUUCAUCUGUGUAACGUUGACCGGGACUACGCCCGGGCUAUCGACCUUUACCAGGAGAUGAUAGAUAGAAAUCUGGAACCGACAGCGCAGACUCUCAGCAUUUUGGCCAAGACGUUGGCCAGGGCCAGCGCUGAUCCAGUUACGAGCGAAAACAAGGCUGAAUCUCUUAGAUUGAUGGGAUGGAAGUAUAUUCAUGAGAUUGACGAUAAAUACCGUACUAACCAUAAAGAAAUGCCGUUCUACUAUACCUUGGAAGCUAUGAUGGCAUUGGCAGCAUAUGACGGCGACCUUGGACUCGCCAGAGCAUUAUACUACAAAUACACAACUCAGAAGUACAAACAAUUGAAGACAAAGGCGCUUGGAAGAUUAGGUGAGAGAAAAGCAUGGCAGUAUGCACUAGACCCUCAGCUUUUCAAUUACCUACUUCUUGCAUAUUCCAAAUAUGACAGUGGUUCAUUACCGCUAUUGAUGGGAUACGAAAAGGGAAUGAAGCUUAGGAGGAACGUAAUGAAUAGUGUCGAUUAUUAUGGUAGGCAGGAUGGACAUAACGAGAUCGGUGCCCGGCUGCCUAUGCUUCCGAUCAUGGAAAUGACUGAAUCUUGGCAAAUUUUGUCAGAAUCUCGAGCUCUAUGGCAGUUUAAUCUGGAAUAUGGCGGAGUGUAUAAUCUGCGGGAAGAGCCUAGUAACUUAUCUGAAGAAGCAUUGAAAGACUUGAGUUCAACGGCAAAAAGCUUGGAGGAGUUCAGGAUUGGUUUGAUACAAAUGAUUGCAAGAUGGAAGACAGACACUGUGAAUUAUUCCGCGUUUAAUCCUAUCUCUCUAAAUUCAUUCCUCACAAUACCCAUUAAGAGGAAGGACAAGAAAGAGUUCUUGCUAAGAUUAAACAAUUUCUGUUUUCAGCAACAUGAAUUUGACUCCGUGGUUAAGCAGAUAUAUGAUAGUGGCCUGGCAAUACAGGCUACUGACCAGGCUUCUAAGGAUGAAACCGAGACCCGUGCCGCAUUGCAUGAAAGUAACUUAAGUCAUGCAUUAUCUUACAUCGCAUCCAUGAGGCACAAAUUAUCGACUAAUUGUGCAACAUACGAGUUGAUGUUAAAAGCAGCAAUCGCAUUUGGCGAUGUCGAGAUAGGUACCAAAGCAUGGAAGGAUCGAGGUAAGUUUAGGAAAACCACGGCUUUCAGCAGCCUGAGUAAGGAGGAGAAAACCAGGCGUGACAGUGACUUUGCAGCACUGAUGGUAAGCUUUUUUGCCAAGCAAGGCAUGUUCGCGGACGCUCUUGGGAUUGUCAUGACCUCACAGCGGUACAUCAAUUGGACAUUCAGUAUGGUCAAAGCUCUUUACACUGGGUUAUUGGAUAUUGAAGAUAUGAGAAGUGCCGAAAUACUAUUGGAGAUUGUUAACAAGAAAUCACCAAUCGCCAAAAUAGAAGAGCAGAUAAUGGAACUCGAAUUUUAG